AGAAUCGCAGUCUGUUAGUUGGUUAGAAUCAAAAUUCAGUUGACCCUCCUUAGUAACAAACAAGUCUUUUAAGGAGCACCACCAACAUGCACAAUUGUCAAUUGCCCAGUUGCCUGCCUAGCUUGGGAAUCGGGAUCAAGCUCCGGUGAUUCGAGGCAAGGGAAGGAAUGCAUUAGAUCAGGUAACCGAGGUUUUAAGCCUUAAUCAAUUAAGGUCCAUCUCAACCCUAUAUAUGUUUUAAUAACACAGAUCUAAAAGUAUAAAACAAUCCAAUUUUAUUGAGGAUAGGUUAGUGAUUUUGAUUCUCUAUGGCAAAAUAUUAGUAACUCAAUAGGUUUAACCGAGAAAAAAAAGAAUGCGAGAAAAUUUUGACUAAUAAUUAGUGUUUAUUUUUUUUUAUAUAUAAUUGUAUUACAUUUUAAUUGUGGGAUUUGAAAUAAAGAGACAUUAUGAUUUACAAAAUAUACAAGUUAGUAUUGCAAAUAUAUUAACUUACUUUCAGAUAGAAAAAGGAAAAUGGGGAGAAAAAUUAUAUGGAUAUUAUAUGUUUCUUUAUUAUGUAUUUUUUAUUUAUAGAUUUGUCGUAUUCUGCUUCAUUGGGAUGGAAUCGUCUAUGAUUGAGAUGAUGGAAAGGAGACGAGAUGUCAGCUGACAGCCGCAUUCAUGGAAUGGAUGGAAUCUUGGCCGCCUUCCUUGAAUUCAGAAGCGACACCAAACAAAAAAACUGUCCAUUUUCAACUUUCCUUGCUUUGUGUCCAUUUUCCCUGGACCGGCGAGUUAACGGCUGGAGAUUCUACCAUGCCUAAGACCAUCUCCAUCAAUGCAAUUGCAAAACAAAUUAUAUUUAUGUUUUUUAUUAUCAACUCAAUUUUUUUGCAAUCCACGUCACAUUCAUUUAGGGAUGGCAAUGGGUCGGGUCGGGGACGGAUAGUGCAUAUCCGUUACCCUACCCAAAGUAGUUCGGGUUUUACUCAUACCCAUACCCACAUAUGAAACGGGUAGAAAAUUAAAACCAUGCCCAUACCCGUUAGGGUUUCGGGUAUCCACGGUUAUCCAUGGGUAAUGAUUUCUCUUCAUAACUCCAACUAAUUUAUUAACAUUCACACGUAUUCUCACAUUACGCAAGAGGAAAAGUAUGACAAUAAUUCACUAGAAUGAAGAAAAUUAAUUAAAACAACACAAUUGCAUGAAAAUAUUAUAUUUAUAUGCUAAAUAUAAAAUAUGUUAGAGAAAAAUAAUGACUAUUUCUAGACAAAAUACAUAUGUAUGUGUAUAAUCGGGCGGGUUCGGGUUGGAUACUGAGAAACCCAUGCCCAUCCAUUACCCGCAAUAUUCGGGUUCGGGUUUUACCCGUACCCACUAAAUAUCCUUCGGGUUCGGAUUUUACCCUACCCGAUUAAGUCGGGUUCGGGCGGAUAUCCACGGUUAUGGAUAUUUUUGCCAUCCCUACAUUCAUUUCAUUCACCUACAUCAAUGUAAUUAACUUGUAAUUGCAAAUGUAAUUAAAUAUUAUGUUUAAAUUAUAGAAAAUUAAGUAAAAGAGAAAAGAAAAUAAUAUAAAAUAAAAAAUCACCUUUUUUAGGCUUUUUUGACUUGCAUAUGGAAUUGCAUUUGUUGCAAGCUUGCAAAUAUGCAAUUGGUAGCCACAUCAAUACAACUGAUUUUGCAAUUACAACCACCUAUGACUUGUCAUUUUGCAAUUGAGAAUGCAAUUGCAAUGUGGAUGCUCUUAGAAAUAGAAAUGUGACCCACAGAGUUGAACCAAGUCCAAAAUUGAAUAAAAAGCCCAGCCCAAAAUAUUGGAGAGAUCCCACAAAUACAUUAACCCAGCCCACAGCUAACAGAUAAGAGAACACGAGUAAACGUAAGGCCCAAAAGAAAAAACUUACAAAGACGGCCCAAUCCAAACCUAGCCCACAGCUUCCAAAUAUCUCCAAUCCGUCAUCAAACAAAACACUGCCUCCAACCAUAGCUAAUCCCUCAACAUAGCUCUUUAUUUCUAUAAUAAUAUUAAUACCCAUUGUUAUUCAAGGAGUUUUUCUUGUUCCCGUUACUUGCAGGAAAGUACUGGACUUUAUAUUUUGUUACCUUUCUUAGUGUCACGCUCGAUUUUCCGAAUAUAUGAAGACACUAGGCCAAAAAGUAGAAGAUAAUAUUACAUUGGCCGAUCGAUGGCAUCCAAGAAUCGUGGGGCUCUAGUGGCCUAUAAAGUCAACUAGCAAAUGAGGUUGUUCAUCACAUUAAACGAGAAGAAGAUACAAAAAUAGAUAGAUAGAUAUGGAGAUGAAGAGUAGUAGUAGUUGCAAUAAGAACAAGGCAGUUGUUGUGGCGCUGUUGCUGGUACUAUUCGCGGAGGCGGCGGCGGCGCAUCCAGAAGCAGCCGAUCAUAAGUGCGGCAGCCAGUGGCCAUAUUGCGGUGGCGGACGGUGCUGCAGCAAGGGAGGGUACUGUGGGAGCAGUGACUGCCAUUGUUGUGUCCAUUUUUGCGCAUACCAGUGCCCUAAACAUCCUCGCCGCAACUGCCCCAGCCCCGAAACACUUCCGUCAUCGUCUAACUAUUAUUUCAGCAAUAUAACUAGUCACGAUGAUGGUGUCGCUGGAAAACGCUACCCCGGCGGCGGUGCCGGUGAUCGGUGAUUAUCAGUUGAUCAGUGAUGUAUUUCAGUAUUUGUGUCCUCAUAUCGUAUUGACUAAUUUUGACCAUAACAGUAGAUGCAAUAGAUUGCUUGUCAUGUUUAAAUUAUGUUUUUACAUGUUGUGUCAAAAGGAAGAAAAAAAUAAUGAGGAAUGAGUCAUUCCAAAUGACACAUUUGGGCAUCCAUGAAUUAAUAAGAGAUUUAGAGAAUUACGUGAAGUUGAUGAAGGGAUUAUAAGAAUUUUUUUCCAUGAUGUUUUAUUUUACUAAAAAACCCACCUCUACUUUUAUAUAUAGUUGCAGCUAGAAGUAAAUGAACAAGGGACAAAAAAAUGCAUUGGCAUAAAAAUCAUUUAUGACUACUAGUGUUUUAAGCAUUCCAAAACAAAACAAAAAAAAGGGCUUGGGAUCACCUGGCCUAACAAAUGUUUUGGGUAAAAAUAUAUAUUGUUGUUGAAAUUGUUGUUUAUGUCAUGGAAUUAAUCAAAUGCUACGAGUUUUAAAAUUUAAUAAAUAAGCCUACCGUUU